ACACUGAAUCACAAAUUGCCUGAAAAAAAAUUACUUUUUCAGAUGGCAAAACUUGAAGUGCCCGGGGCAAAAGCCGGCUAUGACGAGAAAACAGAUGUGGUGGUGGUUAUGGUGCCCCUUCCAGCGCAAGGGCAUCUCAACCAGCUCCUUCACCUCUCCCGCCUCAUCUCAUCCUACAACAUACCCGUGCACUUUGUUGGCUCGGCCACUCACAACCGCCAGGCUAAAGAUCGAGUGCAUGGAUGGGAUCCUCUAGCCAUUUCCGAUAUCCGUUUCCAUGAAUUCCCACUACCUUCUUUUCCAACGCCUCCACCUGACCCCAAAGCCCCUACAAAGCUGCCCACACAGCUCGUCCCGGCCUUUUUCGCGACGUUGCAUCUCUGUGAGCCUGUUUGUGAACUUGUAACCAAACUCUCGAGCACAGCAAGAAGAUUUGUAGUAAUUCAUGACUCUCUCAUGUGUUAUGUUGUCCAGGAUAUGCCAUCCAUCCCGAAUGCCGAAUCUUACUGCUUUCAAAGUGUUUCGGCUUUUGCUCUCUACUCUUACGUCUGGGAAGCCAUGGGAAAACCCGUCCUGGCCGAUGGAGAACCAGUAAAUGACCUUUUAUCCACUCCCGCAAGCGGCUUCCCAGAAGAGUUUUCAGAGUUCUUCAAGGUGCAACAAGAAGCAAGAAAGUGUAACUGGGGAAACCUGUAUAAUUCAUCCAGAUUGAUAGAUGGUGAAUAUCUUAACCUUCUUGCGGAAAUAAAGUUCGGUGAAACAGAAAACAAUUGGGCAAUCGGUCCAUUUAAUCCUCUGGUGAUAACUGAGGACCAGAAAUCUAAAAAAUCCCAUAAAUGCUUGGAAUGGCUGGACAAACAAGCUCCAAAAUCAGUGAUAUUCGUUUCAUUCGGUUCAACAACUUCGUUAUCAGAUGAAGAAAUGGAACAGAUCGCGAUUGGAUUGGAAAGAAGUGGACAGAAAUUCAUGUGGGUCCUGAGAGAUGCAGAUACAGGAGAUGUUUCUAUUGGAGAAGGUAGGAAAGCUCAACUGCCAGAAGGGUAUGAAGAGAGAGUUGAUGGAAGAGGAUUUAUACUGAGAGAAUGGGCACCGCAGUUGGAAAUUCUUGGCCAUCCGUCAACAGGUGGAUUCAUGAGCCAUUGUGGAUGGAAUUCAUGCGUUGAGAGCAUUAGCAUGGGGGUGCCUAUAGCAGCCUGGCCUAUGCAUUCUGACCAGCCAAGAAAUGCUAUCCUGGUGACCAAGAUUCUCAAAACAGGUCUAAUGGUGGGGGAUUUAGCCCAUCAAGAUGAAUCUUUUAAAGCAGAAGUAGUUGAAGAUGCUGUAAAAAGACUGAUGAAUUCGACUGAAGGACAAGAGAUGAGGAAGAGGGCAGAAGAAUUAAGUGAUGCACUUAAGCAGUCAGUGAUUAAGGGUAGUGAUAAUAGCACUGAGAUGGAUACUUUCAUCGCUCACAUUACUCGGUAGAUUUGUUUACUAGAGGAUCAUAAAUUUAAUCGAGGGAGGUCACCAGGCUUUUGGAAAACUUUUCUUGAAAGCUGAAAUCCACCUAGCUACCAGAUUCAUGAAUA